CUGAACAGCGAAACGUUCCUAAACCAGACCACAACCACCAGUCUUGAGAGGUUCUAUUGGUGUAACUCCUGAUGUUAUUUCUGUUGGUUACGGUCCGUCCGUGAGGACACAGACCCUCCUAACGGUUAUCCGGUUAGCCUGCCGUUCCAGCCGCCCACGCUACUAGCGCCAUCUAAGACUUAGCUGUAGGUAAACAUCAGACUCGUCCCUACUGGUGGUUCUCUCCGGACCGGUGUAGGAGCUGUUGACCGCUGUGGAUCCGCAUAAGGCGGGGAGGGCAGCGCGAGCUGUGGUGGUGGAGCUCCGAGCUCCGAACGGGGCUCGGUUUUGGUUGCUGGGAGACCUGGAGGUGGCUGUAGCUUAACCAGGAAGCAUCCUCUGCGGUGAUGGUAGCUGGAGCUGUCAGAUUUAUGCAGGUGCUGGGUCAGCUGGUUAAGCUGGUUGCCAUGGCGACAGAUGUGGGCUCACCACAGCGGUUCUUCCACAUGCCGCGCUUCCAGCACCAGGCACCACGGCAGGUGUUCUACAAGAGGCCAGACUUCGCCCAGCAGCAGGCCAUGCAGCAGCUGACCUUCGAUGGGAAGCGCAUGAGGAAGGCUGUGAACCGGAAAACCAUUGACUACAACCCGUCUGUCAUCAGAUACCUGGAGAACCGGCUGUGGCAGCGAGACCACAGAGACUUCAGAGCCAUCCAACCUGAUGCGGGCUGCUAUAACGAUCUUGUUCCUCCUCUCGGGAUGUUGAACAACCCAAUGAAUGCUGUCACCACCAAGUUUGUCAGGACCUCUACCAACAAAGUCAAAUGCCCCGUGUUUGUGAUCAGAUGGACUCCUGAGGGCCGGCGGCUGGUGACUGGAGCCUCUAGUGGAGAGUUCACUCUGUGGAAUGGACUCACCUUUAACUUUGAGACUAUCCUGCAGGCCCAUGACAGUCCUGUCCGGGCCAUGACCUGGUCCCAUAAUGACAUGUGGAUGUUGACGGCGGACCACGGUGGCUACGUGAAGUACUGGCAGUCCAACAUGAACAACGUGAAGAUGUUCCAGGCUCACAAGGAGGCCAUUAGAGAAGCCAGUUUCUCACCAACUGAUAACAAGUUUGCCACCUGCUCAGAUGACGGCACUGUCCGGAUCUGGGACUUCCUGCGCUGCCAUGAGGAACGAAUCCUCAGAGGUCACGGUGCUGAUGUGAAGUGUGUAGAUUGGCAUCCCACCAAGGGCCUGGUAGUUUCGGGCAGCAAAGACAGCCAGCAGCCCAUCAAGUUCUGGGACCCAAAGACUGGUCAAAGUCUGGCAACACUCCAUGCCCAUAAGAACACAGUGAUGGAAGUGAAGUGGAAUCUGAAUGGGAACUGGCUCCUGACUGCGUCGCGGGACCACCUAUGUAAACUUUUUGACAUCCGGAACCUGAAGGACGAGCUGCAGGUCUUCAGAGGACACAAGAAGGAGGCCACAGCGGUCGCCUGGCAUCCCGUCCAUGAGGGUCUGUUUGCUAGCGGUGGUUCUGAUGGGUCACUGCUGUUUUGGCACACUGGAGUGGAGAAGGAGGUGGGGGGUAUGGAGAUGGCUCAUGAGGGGAUGAUCUGGAGUCUUGCCUGGCACCCGCUGGGUCACAUCCUGUGUUCUGGGUCCAAUGACCACACCAGUAAGUUCUGGACCAGGAACCGACCGGGAGACAAGAUGAGGGAUCGCUACAACCUGAACCUGUUACCUGGGAUGUCCGAAGAUGGUGUGGAAUACGAUGAUGUGGAGCCUAACAGCAUGGCCACAAUUCCCGGGAUGGGAAUUCCGGAGCAGCUGAAGGCAGCCAUGGAGCAGGAAAACAACAAUAAGGAGCUGGCUCCAGAUGUGGAGAUGUCCAUUCCCGGGCUGGACUGGGGGAUGGACGAGGUGAUGGGCAAAGACGCUAAGAAAGUUCCUCAAAAGAAGGUCCCGUACGCCAAACCCAUCCCAGCUCAAUUCCAGCAGGCCUGGGCGGAGAACAAAGUUCCGAUGAUGCCUUUGUCUGCAGACAAAGAGCGACACAUGGAGCAGAAGUUGGACAUGAAGAAGAAAACACAGGUAGCGCUGGAGCAGGAAAUGGCAGCGCUUCAGUACACUAACCCCCAGCUACUGGAGCAAAUGAAGAUGAAACAGAUGAACGCUGAUGGGAACAUGGGCCCUCUGCAGGGGCCGGGAUCCAUGGCCCCCUAUUCAGGUCCUGGGGCUUCUAGUGGUCUAGGUGGACCUGGAGGACCAGGGCCUCCUGGUCAACAAGGCUUUGCCCAAAACAUGCCUCCUCAACAGAUGCCUAACAACAUGGGCCCCCCCAUGGGUCCUGGAGGGAUGCAGCCCUCUUUUAUUCCAGCUGGACAAAUGGGUCCCCUCUCUGGACCUCUCUCUCAUCAGGGCCCCCCUCAUGGCAUGAUGGGACCAUCAGAAAUGCAAGAACCACAGCGACAUUCUGGACCCCCUAGAAACAUGGGCCCUCAGGGUCAUCAUGUUAUGGGACCCAGGGGAAUGCAGGGCCCCGCAGGAGGGAUGAUAGGCCCCCCUCCUCGUGGAAUGGGUCCAAGGGACCCUCAAGGACCCCCACCUCAGGGAGGAAUGAUGCCACCUCAAGGAAGCAUGAUGGGGCAGCAGGGUCCCAUGCAGGGUGGGAUGAUGGGCCCCCCACCUAGGACUCACAGUAACAUGGCAAACAACUAUGGGAUGGGCAAUAUGCAGGGGCCACCUGGAGGAAUGCAGGCCCCCCUCGGAAAUAUGCAGGGGCCCCCGUACAUGCAGCAUCAGGGUCAGAACUCUGGGCCCAUGAUUCAUGGUAUGGGUCCACAGGGCCCCAACAACCUAGGAGACCCUCGGGGGCCACCGCCUAACCACCACAUGGGUCCUCCUGACCGGCAGGGUGCCGGAGGACCUGACCAGGUUUCAGGUUCUUAUUGGGGGGAUAACCAGCAGGGACGACGAGGCCCACAGGACUUUGAUGGAGGACAGGAUUUUCAUAGCCAAGGAGAGGAUGGCUGGAGACCAGGACCUGGUCCUGGAUAUCAGGGUGGGGGACACAGAGGUGGAGGGCACCGAGGAGGAGGAGGAAAGUGGGGUCCCGAUGAGCGAUUCAGUGGAGCUGACUUCAGAGGAAGGAGGGAUGACAGGUUCAGAGGAGGCGGGUCCAGCAGAUCUGGAGGGCGGGGCUAUGCUGAUGACUUUAGCAGUCAGGAAGAAGGAUACGAUGGGCCUGAGGACAUGGGCCGAGGCUGGGACACUGGGGGACGAGGAAGGCCACCGCGAGGAGGAGGUCCACCAAGAGGAGGAGGUCAUGAGGGUUACCGUGAUGAUGGCUCAUCCUCAGGUGGCCGUGAGCGUCCGUCGUCCUUGCAGGGAAUGGACAUGUCAUCUCUGCCACCCCGGAAGCGUCCGUGGCAGGAUGGACCAGGAACGGGAGAACCUCGGGAACGGGAAUCCUCUGCUGCUGACGGAGCAGGUCGUCCUCCUCACAGGGAUGAUGGCAGCUAUGCCCCGUCUGGUCGAGGUGGGCGGGGUGGCUGGGGUCCUGGAGGGGGACCGGGUCCAGGUUCCUGGAGAGGAGGCUUGCCACCCAGAGGAGCACCAAGAAGUGGUGGGCGAGGCCGGUAGUUCUAAAGACUUAAAACCUCCUAGACGUGUGACCAGGUCCUGAAAAAAACUCAGACUGACCACAGGUCAUGUGACACAUUAAGUGGGGGUGCCUGAUUGGUGGCCCUGCUCACCUGAGUGAACAGGUGAAGGGCGUCUAUGAGACUUGUGGCUGUUUGUUUUAUUGCAGCUUGUCUGCAGGUUUUUGUAACAGAUUUCUAAGUGUUUGUGUUUUCACGUCCUCACUGAGGGAACAAUAAAGAUUGAAGCUUCAAA